GAAUUAAAAUGGCCUAUUCGCUAAUGGCAAGAUUACGGGUUGUCAUUUACGACCAUUGUUAGUUAGGAAUUGGUGUUGAGGCAAAUACGAUCAGUCCUCUUCUUCGUUCUUGCUAUGUCAGCCAUACUACAAUCCCAGUGCGAGUUGGUGCAGACCUGCAUGUCUCCAGAGAGACCUAUAUAUUUUGGCCGCGUGUGUAGACUUAAUGCAAUAUUUUAUGCUGAAAUUAUCCUAAACGUCAUAAGGGAUUAAUUCUGCCUCAUCAAUUCCAGUAUACUGAGCAGAGAAGGAACAUUGUAUCUGUCUGUUGAAUGGUCGGUAUACACCAAAGAUGGCUUCUCGAUUAUACCGCAGUUCAAACAGAUGCAGAUUUAUUCAAAGCUGGACUCGCCCUGCAACACUCAUCUUGAUUGCACUACUUCUGGUGCUCCCAUCAUUAGUUACCUAUAUUCAUCAACAAUCAGAAGGGUCGGGCAGGUUUUCAGGAGAGGGCCCACUUCCGAAACAAGCAGGCAGUGACGGUGUAAGAAGCCGACCCGGGAAAAUCUAUCACCCAAGAACCAAAAAGAAUUUGUAUUCCGACAUUGCUACGACUGGGGUUGUUGGUGAUGCUGCUGAUGAACCACUCCUCAAGAUGAAAGGAAAUCCUGUGGCAAUAACCGAUGAUAAUAAUGUAUCCCGUAUCAUAACUGCAUUCAAAUUGCGAAACCAGCUUCCUAACUACUUUACACGUGGAGAUCCAGCUGGCCUUGCUGAGAGAUACCGGGAAGGGAAAAUGGCGUUCGUACAGAACGUUAAAUCCGGUGGAACAACGAUCAAAAAUUGCAUUGUAGAAAUGUGUAGAGAUCUACAUAUUCCAACGUCUUAUAUAGACAAUAGAAACAGGAUGGAAACGUUUACAAAAUACGAGAUCGAAGCUGGAACACCCAACCGAACUAUAUUUAGAGGACAAGGAUCAUACACUAUCUGUGAAUAUGUGAGAGACAGACCCUGUUCUUAUUUCACCAUGGUCCGGGAGCCCGUUUCAAGGUUAGUAUCUAGUUACCUCUUCUGCCAGCAGUCAGGGACAGACUGCACCAAAUCAUCAGUCAACGUAUCGCUCGACGCCUGGGCUCUCAACUGGGGAAGUAUGCUUUUUCACACAAUAUUUUGGCAUUUUCAGAAACAUUUCCCAUUCAAAGGGGCAGAUAAUUGUUUCCAGCACCAGUCGGCAGAGUUUAGGGUCUUUGCUAAAGAGCUUCAGCACAAAUAUCCCAGUAUAGUUACUGGAAAUCGAUUAGGAUACCGAAUGACCUAUCGAGAGAGACAGGCUUUUCUUUCUUAUUGCCUUGAAAACCUGGAAAACCGGUUCGCAGUCAUAGGUUUAAUUGAAGAGUUCAACACAUCCGUUGAUCUUUAUCAGGAAGUGUAUAGGUUGCCUUUUCGAGAUUACUUACAUGGAGCCAAGAACAUAGGACGUGCCAAACAAGAAAUGGACCCGUCCAAAAUUAACAAGAUGAAAGAGGAAAUACGCGCCAAUCCGUUCAUAAUGGAGGCGUUAUAUGAAGAUAUCAAGAUCUACGAGAAAGCUCAAGAAAUCAUGAAACUUCAAAAACAAGCAUUUGGGUUGGUUUAAACGUCAUAUCAAAAGGUUGUACAACUUAGGCCAAGCAACAAAAGUAACGAGUUUCUCGUACGGACUAACAAAAAAGAGUAGACAGCGCUUUACUAUUUACUAAUUUUCAUUUUGUUCCUUUCCCCCCAAUAUGGCCGCCAUGCUAAAUAUGACUAGCCAAGGUAUAUAUAUUCACAGAUAUAGUGCUAUUUGAGUAUACUGAUGCAAUGUAUGACAACAGAAAUGUUUUGUAUCAUUUUAGUCCACAGGGUUGGAUUUAUCAUUUUCUUUUCUCUUUUCAUGUGGUGAUUGUGGCAAUGUGAAUUGAUCUUGAAGGGUGGAGUUUGUUGUCUUCAUGGGGUUUUAUCGAUCAAACUUUAUUGAUCAAUAAAGCUUCGAGAUGAGAUGAACGGUAUCUAUCGGGAUUACGUUGUGUUUUCGGGAUCAUCUCAUGGCGAGGGUCGGAAAGAGUUGUUCCAGCUUUGUGUAUUAAAUUGCUGAAGAGGCCUUGGUCGCACGUCAUUUUUUUUUUUUGGGGGGGGGGGACCACUUCUGUUCAAAGUAACUUGACACUUGUACUCAUGACUUUUUUGUUAACUAUAGUUAUAAUAUUUUACUCUUGAUUUUCAUUAUCUUUCGUUAAAGAUAAAGACCAGUUAUAGUCAUGCGAUUGCAUUGUGAAAGAAACGUUGUGAAAUCGAUCAGAAAAGGUU